UAUAGGAUCUUCCGAUUAAUGCGUAUUCUAAGAAGGCUUUUCAAGAACAUCCUCUGGACACUCAGCGCCAGAUGCAAUUACAGCUGGUGCAGGCGCAGCAAAAGCAAUUGCCGCAGUUAAGGCGUAUUCCACCGGGAUUUUAUAAAAAUGUCAAGAAUGAUAAGGGCAACACUCAGUACCGCCAGGAAAAUAUAAUUCACGCCUUGAAUUGCGCUGGGGAAGAGUUCACAGACACGCGCGGGAUCACGUAUGUCAGUGAUGCGCCAUAUGUGUUAGGAGGAGCUGAGCCAGAGGAAGCCAGUGGCCACUUUAGUGUAUCGAGGGUAGCAGCCAAAGAUCAGGAGUUGUACCAUACAUGCCAGCAAGCUGCGCAAGACGGUAUAGGUGCACUGAUUUACCGGCUUCCGAUUCCCAAGGAUGGUGACUUCGUAGCUAUUUUGAAAUUCGCAAACAUCCUGAAUGUGCGUAGCUCAGAACCACUAGUUUUCGAUAUUAUCAUGAACAACGUUCUCUUGGUUGGAGAUCUCGAUGUAAAUGAACUGGCAGGGGUGGCCACGGCGCAUCACGAGUACAUACCCUUUACAGUUAGCGACGGGAGGAGAUAUUUCAAACUGGCGGACGGCCAGAAAUAUCCAAUGGCAGACAAAGGCGUCAUAGAGAUUGAGUUGCGACGCUUUGACUAUGCUGGCGGCUGCGAUGCGUGUGAGGAUGACUCGGAUUAUCCCUUUUUAAAUACUGCUGAUGACAGUGCGAGUACGCAGGACGAUGAGAAAUCAGGCGAAAAACUCGCUCCUUAUAUCUGUAGCUUAGUUAUAUUCCACGGAAAAUUAGAAGAUGUUCCCAAGUUGAUCGUUCCCUUCAAGCUUCAACCGAACACGAAGAACUACUGGCUGGAAAAUCUCGAGUGGUUUGAGGCGGAUAUAGGAAGGUACAUGAAUCAUGAAUCUGCCACGAUUUACGAGGAUCUGAGCGUGGAGGAGGAGAAUUUAGUAGCUAUCAAGAGUAUUUGCUUGUACCCAGUCGGAGAUUGUGUAAUAUGAUGAUACUCCUGAUCCGGAGACGGUAGAGCAUUUUUUGCCACAACUGUGAUACAGAGGACACGCAGAGGACCGAUAGAAGGACGGUUAGAACAUGGAGUGCCUCGUACAUUUCAAGCAUCAGCCUUGUCGUGAACUUAAGACAGUUAAGCACGCCGUAUGAAGAUAACGAGAUACAAUUGAGACGCCAGUUUAUUUGGGCGCAACUGAUAUCAUAAUUUUACAUAUUAUAGAGAGUCUAUCGCCUUAGAAGGUCACUUCGUAUAUCCGGGCGCACCUCUCACCCGAACCGGUGGCAAUUAUACGGUCAUCUUGCGAGAUAUCGCAACUCGUGAUCGCAGCGGGUCCAGUUUUCUGUACGAUCACGAUUGAUUAAGAUGGUAGUAUAGAGUGAGUAUCAGCACCACAAUCCAGCUGCGUAAUCGGCUGUGUAGUUAUGAAGUGAACGUUACUGUUUUGUAUGAGGUACACACGAGCCUUUAGUAUAGUGGCAAUCCACACAGCGAAAGCUGGUUACAGGACACCGACGGUGCAUCGAUGCAGAAGACUUACCUGGAACAUGCAGUUACCGUAGGGUGCUCGCCAAACAUUCAUAGUGCUACUCUUAUCGGUUGAUAUAAACCAAGGACUCUGUGGGAUGGCGAUAGUACAUUCGAAUAUUAAUUUCAACAAUUGAUAUAUGAAGAAAAAUGACUGUUAAUAAAUGCAAUGCAGUCAAAGGUUAUCUGCACAAGCUUUGAGUAGUAGUAGUGAUCCUUUCCCUCCCCCUUCCCCUCCCCAAUUACGUAAGGGGACA